AAACCGAAAACAUGUAUUUACAGGGACAGGAAGGAAUGGGCAGAUGUUGAACCUGUCCCUCAAAAUGAUGGGCCAAAUCCUGUUGUUCAGAUCAUCUACAGUGAAAAAUUUCGAGAUGUCUAUGAUUACUUCCGGGCUGUUCUGCAGCGGGAUGAGAGAAGCGAAAGAGCUUUCAAGCUAACAGCAGAUGCCAUUGAGUUAAAUGCUGCAAACUACACAGUAUGGCAUUUCCGGAGAGUCCUCCUGCAGUCUUUGGGAAAGGAUCUCCAUGAGGAACUUAAGUAUAUUACAGCUAUCAUUGAAGAUCAACCAAAGAACUACCAAGUCUGGCAUCACAGACGGGUGUUGGUGGAGUGGCUGCAGGAUCCAUCCCAAGAGCUUGAGUUCAUAGCUGACAUUCUUAACCAAGAUGCCAAAAAUUACCAUGCGUGGCAACACAGACAAUGGGUUAUUCAGGAGUUCAAAUUAUGGGACGAUGAACUGGAAUACGUAGACCAGCUUUUGAGGGAAGAUGUGAGAAACAACUCUGUUUGGAACCAACGACACUUCGUAAUUUUCAACACCACUGGCUAUGAUGAUCCAGCAGUCCUAGACAGAGAAGUCCAGUACACUCUUAAGAUGAUCACAGCAGUGCCACAUAAUGAGAGUGCUUGGAACUAUUUAAAAGGGAUUCUACAGGAUCGUGGUCUUUCUAAGUAUCCAAAUCUGUUAGAGCAACUGUUGAAUUUGCAGCCCAGCCACAGUUCACCCUAUCUGAUUGCCUUUCUUGUGGACAUAUAUGAAGAUAUGCUCGAAAACCAGUGUGAUAACAAGGAGGAAACACUAAACAAGGCAUUGGAGUUGUGUGAAAUUCUGGCUAAAGAAAAAGACACCAUCCGAAAGGAGUACUGGAGAUACAUUGGAAGGUCCCUUAAGAACAAGCACAGCUCAGGCACUGAACAGAGCACUGUGACAGACAAGCAGCAGUAACCGAACAUGGAAGAAAACAGUGUUAAGUUCUCAAGCUCUUCUAAAGCAGUAGUAAGUAGGGUCAUCAACUAGUUUAAAAUUCAGUGUAGUUAUUAUUCCCCUGGUGAAGAGCUAUUGCAAUGAAAGAGGAGUGCGGAAUGCUCUAUAGUCUUGGGUUGCUGCUGCUACUGGUGAUAGUCUAGGUGCAGUCAAGAAAUAUAUUAAGACUUAAUUAUUGAAAUGUACCAACUAAAGGGUUUUUUCCGUAUUAAUACGGAAAUAAAUACAUAAAGCUAUACCUA